AUGCCUCUAUUAACCGUCGAAAGAUGGAGAGUCUCUGUCCUACUCUCCCAUUUCAAAAAGCUGAUACCCUUUUCCUAAAUUCCCCAUUUUCAUAUCUUUUUCCUGUGCAAUCUGUAAUAUUCUGCGUCGAAGGCUGCUAUCGCACAAAGGAGUCCUUUUUCUCGUACAAAUUCAAUGUUCGCUCUAAGCUUUUUCGAAAUUUAUGGAGCCAACAGCUGAUUCCAAUUGAGUGGACUUAACGAAAUUCUCCAAGCUUUUCGUUUCUUUUCUAUUUAAAAGGCGAAGGUAGCUAGAACAUACCCACGCUGCGAUCGCUAACUUUAGCUUUGAUUAUUUGCUUGGUGCCCCAACUUAUACGAUCCGGCGUCAAAAUUGUGGAUAGCCACCGAUUGAUUUGACAUGGGUUACAUUCAGGGAUAUGAUGAAAAUAACCAGCAGACAGAUAUCGGUUCAGCUGUCCGCAAUGGAAGAGAAAUACUUUUGCAGGCUUUUAACUGGGAAUCUCAUAAGCACGACUGGUGGAGAAAUUUAGAAAAGAAGGUUGCUGACAUUGCAAAAUCUGGGUUUACUUCAGCAUGGUUACCACCACCUACUCAGUCCUUUGCACCUGAAGGUUACCUUCCGCAGAAUCUUUAUUGUCUAAACUCUUCAUAUGGUUCUGAACACCUCUUAAAAGCUUUACUUCAAAAAAUGAAGCAACAUAAAGUAAGGGCCAUGGCCGAUAUUGUCAUUAAUCACCGUGUUGGGACUACCCAAGGGCAUGGUGGAAAGUAUAACCGUUAUGAUGGGAUUCCAAUGCCAUGGGACGAACGUGCUGUCACAUCUUGUACUGGUGGCCUGGGUAAUCGAAGCACGGGUGACAACUUCCAAGGGGUUCCGAAUAUUGAUCAUACCCAACAUUUUGUUCGGAAAGAUAUUAUAGGAUGGCUGAAGUGGUUACGUAACACAGUUGGCUUUCAAGACUUUCGCUUUGAUUUCGCAAGAGGUUACUCGGCAAAAUAUGCGAAAGAAUACAUUGAAGCAGCAAGGCCAAUAUUUUCUGUUGGGGAAUAUUGGGAUUCUUGCAACUACAAUGGCUGUUAUUUGGAAUACAACCAAGAUAGCCACCGUCAACGGAUCGUGAAUUGGAUUGAUGGUACUGGACAGCUCUCAACUGCAUUUGACUUCACAACGAAGGGAAUUCUUCAGGAAGCUGUUAAGGGACAGUUAUGGCGUCUGCGUGACUCUCAAGGGAAGCCACCAGGUGUAAUGGGAUGGUGGCCCUCAAGGGCUGUCACAUUCAUUGAUAACCAUGAUACAGGCUCAACGCAGGCCCAUUGGCCCUUCCCUUCAAAUCAUGUUAUGGAGGGUUAUGCAUACAUACUUACACACCCAGGAAUUCCAACAGUUUUCUAUGACCAGUUUUAUGACUGGGAUACCUCCAUUCAUGACCAAAUAGUGAAACUGAUUGACAUUAGAAAGCGCCAAGACAUCCACAGUCGAUCAUCUAUCAGGAUUUUUGAGGCCCAGCCAAACCUCUAUUCUGCAAUGAUUGGGGAGAAAGUGUGCAUGAAGAUUGGAGAUGGAUCCUGGUGCCCAUCUGGCAGAGAAUGGACACUGGCAACCUGUGGGCAUAAAUAUGCUGUGUGGCACAAGUAAUUCCCAACUUAUUCCUGGAGUGUAAUGGGGUGAUUUGGUAGAGAUCAUGUUCUACAGCCACUAGCUAGAAUUAUAUUGCUACUGUAUGAAUAAUACUUUUCAUCUCCAAUUUUGCAUUGGAAAAUAUUGUACGGAGUUUUAUCCUGAAAACUAAUCUAAAAUAAGACUCCAUGAAUGUUGCUUCUGAUUCUUUGUUUAGAAUAGUAAAUAAAUACCAUGUCUUUAAUAA